AGCGCUGCUGUUGAUGGAAUUUGAGGGUGCCGAAGAUGUUCCCCGUAAUUUCCAGCCGUCGUCUUUGGUGGUGUAGCCUUCAGAGGAGAAUCUGCCUGAACCAACCAGUUGUAAGCAGGCAGCACUUUCAGCAUAUGCACAUCCGAGUUGGAGACCGGGCUGAACUCAGCAGAGCCUUCACACAAAGGGAUGUGGUUGCCUUCUCAGAACUAACAGGGGAUGUUAAUCCUUUGCAUUUAAAUGAAGAUUUUGCAAAGCACACCAAGUUUGGAAAGACAAUUGUGCAUGGAGUUUUGAUCAAUGGACUUAUUUCAGCUCUCCUGGGGACUAAAAUGCCAGGCCCAGGCUGUGUAUUUAUUUCCCAGGAAAUUCACUUUCCAGCCCCUUUAUAUGUUGGAGAAGUUGUUGUAGCUUCUGCAGAAGUGCAAAGGCUGAAGCGGUUCAUUGCGGUUAUUGCUGUGUCAUGCUUUGUAAGAGAAAGUGAAAAGACUGUUAUGGAAGGCUGCGUGAAAGUUAUGGUCCCAGAAGCUUCCAAGCCCUGAAAUAUGUGUUUAAAGAUGCAAGCUCAGGCAUCAGUGUUACUGUUACUGAAGAGCCUCUGAGGAAAACGGAUUGCUGCUCUUCAACGAGGAGUGGCCAGCAGACCCAGCAGCCCACAGUGGGGGAGGCAGCAGGUAGCGAGGGGUUCACAUGCCCACUUUCUAAUUCGGCCUUAUGUUUCAUACAGAUGAGUCUAUUUAUCAUCUAAGUUUGUAAAUUUGAAAAAAUAUGGGGAAAGUUAUCAUUUAGCUCAAGGUUCUAAUUUUAGGAUUUCAAACCAAGUUAAAUUUGCAUUUGGAUAACACAAACUUACCUAUAUCUGCAUAGAAUAAAUUUCUCAGUGAAUUUAUAGCUAGGUAGCAUUUAAUUUUUGACAGCAAUUAGAAGAGGAGUUGGGUAAUCUUUGAACACCUGUCUUUACCAAUAAAUAUUUAGAUACUGUUCUUCAGUA